CAAAGCAAACCAUCACAUAAACUCCUGCAAUUUUCUCUUAUCAUUGUUUCUAUAUUCCAUCAACAAACUCCUUGCCUGGAAGGACAUGGCAUCGUCAUCGUCUCCUCUAGUAUUCUCGGUUAAACGGCGUGAUCCAGAAUUUGUUCGGCCUACAAACCCUACCCCACGAGAGGUGAAGCAGCUUUCUGAUAUAGAUGAUCAAGAAGGCCUUCGCUUUCAAGUUCCUGUGAUAAUGUUUUACCCAAACAAUCCUUUAAUGAAAGGAAAAGACCCUGUAAAGGUCAUUAGAGAAGCUCUAGGUAAGGCGCUUGUAUACUACUACCCAUUUGCAGGCAGGCUGAUUGAAGGGGAUAAUAGAAAACUCAUGGUGGACUGCACCGGUGAAGGGGUCUUGUUCAUUGAAGCCGAUGCCGAUACCACACUUGAGAAUCUUGGUGAUGCAAUUCAACCAAUGUGUCCCUGCUUCGAGGAGCUUCUGUAUGAUGUCCCUGGCUCCGGGGGAAUUCUUGGUUCUCCUCUUAUCUUAAUUCAGGUGACCCGAUUGAGGUGUGGAGGAUUUAUAUUUGCAUUGCGCCUAAACCACACAAUGAGUGAUGGUCCUGGCUUGGUCCAAUUCCUCGACGCCAUAAGCGAGAUGGCUCAAGGUCUGUCUGUGCCAUCUCUGCUGCCCAUAUGGCAAAGAGAGCUGUUAAAUGCCCGAAAUCCGCCACGACUUACCUGUAUACAUCAUGAAUAUGAGGAGGUAACCAACGCCAAGGGCACACUAAUGACCAUGGACGAAAAUAAUUUGGUUCAUCGAUCAUUCUUCUUUGGCCCCAAGGAGAUAAGAGCACUUAGGAACCGACUUCCUGCAAGCCUCGGUGUCUGCUCGACGUUUGAGGUUCUAAUAGCGUAUGUAUGGAGAUGCCGCACAAUUGCAUUUGCAGUAGACCCUGAUGAGGUUGUUCGCAUUUCAUGCUUAAUCAAUAUGCGAGGCAAGCGCGGUUUUGAUCUGCCUCCAGGAUACUAUGGAAAUGCUUUUGUGUAUCCAGCUUCAAUUACUAAGGCCGGAAUGCUAUGUAAAAACCCAUUGGAAUAUGCGAUAAGGUUACUGAAGAAAGCCAAGGCGGAAAUGAGUCAAGAGUACGUGAAAUCAGUGGCAGAUCUUAUGGUCAUCAAGGGCCGGCCCUUAUUUACGCAGCCGGGGAACUAUAUUAUUUCAGAUCUCACACGUGCCGGGUUUGGAGAGGCCGACUUCGGGUGGGGGAAGCCAGUCUAUGGUGGGGUUGCUAGGGCUUUAUCUAUUAUUAGCUUCUGUAUGCGGUUCAGGAACAGCAAAGGAGAAGAAGGGAAUGUUAUACCUAUAUGCCUGCCUCUGCCAGUCAUGGAAAGGUUUGAACAGGAGCUAAAGAGAAUGACAAAAGAGGCAGAGCCUGUUAGAUUUAUUACAUCCAUGCUCUAAAUUAAAGAGAAUCUACAUGGAUUUUAAGAAUUAAGCAGUUUAAUUUAGCUUAGGAUCUCUUUAAAAAAGUUCACAAUUUAAAUGUAGCAGGGUGGAGAUUACUAGUGAUAGGUGUUAUAUCAAUAGUAGGCAAUGUAUCAGUCUAUGACACUGUAUUUGGCUUGAAGGCUCGAGUGCUGUUGAAUGCUUAUUUCGGCCAGUGGUGUGAGCCAUUCAUCUUCUAAGGAAAGGAACUGAGCUACGGAUUUCCAUGCAUAGCAUUAGUGUUUGCAAGUAAAAACAUGUCUUGAUAAACUCUAUUUGUUUGGGGAUGUAUGCAAGAAUUUAUAUCUCUUUUGAAGACAAAAGGGUAGGUCUUCUUGGUGAA